ACCCCGAUCGGUCGACAGUUCAACCGGUUGAACCGGCCGGUCCAGUCCGUUUUUUAAAACCAUGGUCUGCACAUCAUAUAACAGUGUUAAAUUUAGAUGGUAAGUGUGGUUGGUGAUGGGCAAUAAUUAAGGUCUUCUCAUGGGUCAAACAUAGCUCUGCCCAAGUACAAUUAUUCAUGAACUUAGGAUCAAUAUUGAAUAAGUAAUUUUAAUGAAGAGAAUAUGCCCAACUGCAUCAUCAUAUUUUUAUACUCAACUAGAUUAACAACAAAUAUCUAAUUAAUGAUGAUAUAUACUUUGAAAGUAAAAAUUGAUAUUGUACUAUACACUUUGGACGAAUUUUCUAAUUACUAGUUGCAUGUUAGAAUCUGAAUCUGUCCCUGGAUUGGAAUGUAUUGCUAGGUUUAUCUUACUACUUGAUUUUGAUUGCCUUCACAGGGAAGCAUAUGCUUGUUCAAGAGAGGAAGACAUGCGUACCUGUUGUUUUUGCAACUGCAUUCGAGACGUUGAUCCAAGACCUCUAGAUCCUAAUGACAUAUAUCAGCAAUUUCAGAUCAUUCCUUAUGCAACAGCUUGCAGAAGUGGUGGUGCAUUUUAUUCUACAUCAAUUUUACCAGAUGCUUUUCCUCCGUACUUCUUAAGAAGAAAAGGGUGGGAAAUUUAUACCAAAACACCCAAAAACUAUGAACUAGGUGAAGCGCUAGGCAUCAAUACUGCCCUCCGUGCCUGCCUUCCAGCAUUCGAUUUCCCAUUAUCCUACAAGAGCUCAGAAGCCGUUGUUGUGGGAAAGUGGUAUUGUCCUUUCAUGUUAAUCAAAGACGGAACACUGAGAGAUCAGAUGAAAAUAUCUAUGUUUUAUGAGAUGACACUUGAGCAAAGAUGGGAGCAAAUAUUCACUUGUGAAAAUGGUUACAAUCAAGGGAACGUUGUGUCUGUGGAUGUCACAGUCCAAAGAGAAAGGGUCAUUGUGGUGGGUAGAGAAGCGGUGUGGGAUGACAAUAAUGUGGCCAAUGGGGUGAUUUGGUUUACGAGCUUUGGUGGUGUAGGAGAAGAGGUGAAUAUUGGAUUGAGCUCGCUAAUCGUUGAUCGGAUGAAAUGGGAGCAAGAGAGAGGAGGGUGGCCUCGCAGCGAAAAAAAGCAAGUGAGGGUGAAUAAAACAGAGGAGUAUGCUGGGAUUGGUGUUGGUGGGUGGAGUAGGUUUGGUUGCUAUGUGCUGGUUGAGAGGUUUGUGUUGAAAAGAAUGGAUGGAAGUGUGGUAUUAACCUAUGAUUUCAAGCACACUCAUGUGAUUAGGAGCAAAUGGGAAUGAAAGAGUAUGGGAUUCUUACAAACUUCCAUUUAUCUUUAUGAUCUUAUGUGUAUAUGAUGUUGUUUGAUUCUAUGCUUGUAUUUUAUUUUAAUUUUUUGAAAGGAGGGGAGGAAUAAGAAAAUUUAAACGAGCUUGUUUUGAUUUCUUUUUUGUAUAUAUAAUAUGACCUUGUUUGUAUUGUUUGAAUGCUUGUGUUGGAU